AUGGUUCUCGAAGCAACAAUGAUAGUCGUCGACAACAGUGAAUCGUCCCGCAACGGCGACUACCUUCCCACCCGCUGGGAAGCCCAAACCGACGCGGCCAACCUCAUCUUCCACACCAAAACCCAGUCAAACCCCGAAUCAUCCGUCGGCCUAAUGUCCAUGGGCGGCUCCUCCGGCCCCGAAGUCCUCACAACCCUCACCACCAACCCCGGCAAGAUCCUCGAUGGCCUCCACCGCACAAAAGUGAAGGGACACAGUCAGCUAGGCACAGGCAUAAGCAUUGCGAGUUUGGCACUCAAGCACAGGCAGAAUAAGAGCCAGCGACAACGGAUUAUUGUUUUUGUGUGCAGUCCUGUAGAGGAGGAGAGGAGUGGGUUGGUGAAGUUGGGCAAGAGAUUGAAGAAGAAUAACACUGCUGUGGAUCUGGUCGUGUUUGGCGAUUUGACAGAUGAGAAUAUGGAUAAGCUCAAUGCGUUCCACGAGGCGGUGAAGGGGAGUGAAGGGUCGCAUAUGGAGGUGGUACAUCCCGGGCCGAAUCUGCUUAGUGACAGCAUCGUGGCGAGUCCGAUCUUAGCUGGCGAAGGCGGUGCAGGAGCGGCAGGCAUGAACGGUGCGGGUGGCGAGGGUGGCGCUGGUGGAGCAGGCGCUGGAGGUGAUGGCUUCGAGUUUGGUGUGGAUCCUAGUGUGGAUCCUGAGCUGGCGCUUGUGCUGCGUAUGUCGAUGGAGGAGGAGCAGGAGAGGCAGGCAAGGGAGCAGAGAGCGCGGGAUGAGGCUGAGGGCAAGACUCCCCUUGAGAGUGUGCCAGAGGAAGGUGGAAGUGGCGAGGGCGGAUCGAAUGAUAAGAAGCUGGGGGAUGGGGAUGACAAGGACAAGAUGGACACUGCAUGA